GAUGGUACGAGAGGAAACAUAGAUUCACAGCGAUGUUUUUAUAUAAGCGAGCGUGCCGAUGAUGUCAUCACAUUCAGUCUCUCAUGGACUGGCGAACUUUACGUGGCAUGAUCGGGACCGGCUGGUCGGCCUUGAGACCCCGGGGUCGACAUUGAAACCUUCGGUGAUGGGCUAGACACCUAAAGAUCAUCCCUGAGAAGCCUGUAGAUCAGCGUCGACACCUUGGGUGUUUUUGGAUUCGUUUUUUUAGGUCUGUGCUGUUGAGAAUUUAGAUUGUUUCAGAUGUGAGAUCUGACUACAAAGGGCAGCAAAUGAAACAACAGAGGUUUGAUAUGAGAGAGCAUGGAAUGUGGGCCAGACUUCGGGAGAGGAGGUCAGCCGUGUGACGUGGAAGGUUGUCCGUCGUGUGGCUCGAGCGCGGUGGCCACGCGCGACUAGAACUGGAGUCCUCAAGCAGGUUUUAUGAGUGCGUCUGCCACUGCGGUCCCGCCGUCGCGUCUAGUCAUCGUGAUCACCCUCGUAUCGUCGGCGAUGGGAGACCAGCUCUUCAAGGAGGAGGAGGUGGACACGUCACAAUAUGUCUUUGAGCACGAGCAGUACGGCAAGCACGCGUUCGCUACGCUAUAUGAGCUCUACAAGUCACACCAGCUGUGCGACGUCACUCUGCAGGUCGGAAGCAAGUCGAUCGCCUGUCACCGCGUGGUGCUGGCGUGCUGCAGCCGCUACUUCCACGUGAUGUUCACGUCGGAGAUGUCCGAGCGCCACAGCGACCUCAUCCCGAUCAAGGACAUCGACGAGAGCGCGAUGGAGGCGCUCGUCGAGUUUGCGUAUACGGGCCGCAUCGCGCUCGGCGUCGACAGCGUUCAGUCGGUGUUCUACGCGGCGUCCGUGCUGCAGCUGGAGGUGGUGUGCUGCGCGUGUGCGCGCUUCAUGAUCGCCAACCUGCACGCGUCGAACUGCCUCGGCAUCCGCGCGUUCGCCGAGCAGCACAACCACGCGGCGCUCAUUGCCGCCGCCGACGCGUUCGCGUGCGAGCACUUCGUCGACGUCGCACUCAGCGAGGAGUUUCUCAACAUGUCAGCGAUGCACCUCGUACAUAUCAUACGCUCGGAUGAUCUCAACUCGCCCUCGGAGAUAGAAGUCUAUGAAGCAGUGAUGCGGUGGAUGGGCCACGAUCCAAGCGUGCGCAAGAAAUUCCUAUCCAUCGUUUUGGGCAGAGUUCGGCUGCCUCUCCUUCCAGCUCACUAUAUCAUGCAUGUGGUAGAAUUGGAGGAAUUGCUCAAGAAGGAUCACACCUGCCGGGACUACCUCGACGAAGCCAAGAAUUAUCAGUUGGUGCAGUCAGGUGUCGUUACCACGUCCAGACCACAUCUAGGCGACAGAACGAAACCCAGGAAAAGUUACGCAGGAGUGAUCUUCUGUGUCGGCGGGCGGGGCGCGUCUGGUGACCCAUUCCGCAGCAUCGAGUGCUACAACCUGCGCUGCGAUACGUGGGUCAGGGUCACUGACAUGAGCACCAGGCGGCGCCACGUUGGGGUCGUCGCAGCCGGCGGCAAGCUCUAUGCAAUAGGAGGCCAUGAUGGCAAACAGCAUCUGAGUAGUGGUGAGGUGUUCGACCCACAGACUGGAUUGUGGAAGGCUCUCGCAUGCAUGGCUAGUCAAAGACGAGGCAUCGCGGUCGGCUGCCUGGGCGGCCCGAUCUACGCCGUGGGUGGGUUGGACGACAACCAGUGCUACAACGCCGUCGAGCGAUACGAUUUCAAGUCCGAUCAGUGGAGCUUCGUGGCUUCGAUGAACUACCCGCGAGGGGGCGUCGGCGUCGCUGCCCUCAAGGGUCUGCUGUAUGCGUGCGGUGGAAAUGACGGCAUGUCGUCGCUGAGCUCCUGCGAGUGCUACGACCCGCACCUGAACAAGUGGACGGAGAUCGCGCCGAUGCACACGCGCCGCGCGGGUGCCGGAGUGACCGUGCUCAGCAGGCAUCUCUACGUGCUAGGCGGCUUCGACGACAACGCGCCGCUGGCGUCCGUGGAGCGGUACGACACCGAGACGAACUCGUGGAGCGAUAUCGCGUCGAUGUCGAGCUGUCGAGGCGGCGUGGGGGUCGCGACGCUCUCGGGUCGCAUCUACGCCGUCGGAGGUCACGACGGGUCACAGUACCUAGACAGCGUCGAGGCGUACGAUGCAGUCAACGACAGCUGGGAGCUUGUCUGCAGCAUCAGUACAUGCAGGGCUGGAGCAGGUGUAGCAUGGUGUGAAGUCUCUGUAAGAGAUCUCCACAUCAGCAACAGCAUCGUCGAAAACACUCCGGUGAAAGCGGAGCCGACUGAGGGUGAGGAGAUCCGCAGAUUGGUUUGAGAUGUGCACACUAGAUGGCAGCUCAGUUUCUCCACAGAUAUUGACCGUGUGAAUCAUUGCUCAUCUGACUGUGGGAAAUCAUUCUAAGUAGUGUCCGAGGCACGUCUGUCAUAUGCUUAGUGCCCGAGUUAUAGUAAAGCACAUACUGUGACAUAGUACUGUGACUACUGUCCACGUAACAAUCAUAUCAAUAUUUGCAGUUGAUCAGAUAAUGCUACGUGAAGUUGAAAGGAUUUCGUAAUAUAUAGUAUUUUCAAAAUCAUGUAGGGUAAUUUUGGUUGUUACUGAAUGUAGCAAA